AUGCCCGAUUUCAGAAUGACUAGAAUAUGUAAAGGAAUUCGAAAAUCAAACAUGUUAAAAUAUUUUUUUGAAAAAUCGCAAUGCUACAGCUGCUCCUCUCCUCAAUUGCACCUCAAAUGGCCAAAAGAUGAGAACACUAAUCGGCUGUUGUAUCUGCAAGAGUUCCCGUGGUUUGCAAAUGAAAGUUGUGAGACGGUCCGUGACUUGAUGCCAGUGGUUGACUGUGAGGAUAGUGUAUGCAUCAAAGCAGUGAUCAAACAGCCACCAGCCGAAAGGACGAUUUGUGAAACGGGCGGUGCAAUUGUGCGAGACUGCUGGAGUCGUGUCUUCUCUAACGCCGUCAAGAAUCCACGAGCGCGUCGUGACGUCGUCCGUCUGGCACAGACUUCUGACAGCGAGGAGACGAUCGGAAUCAUUUACACUUGCGAGGGUUUCUUGUGUAACUCGUCACGAACUGUGUUCUCUGCGCUCUCUUCGUUUAUAACACUAUUUCUUUGGUUACUGCUAAUUCGACAAAACUGA